AUGAAGUUGUUAAAUACUUUGUUUGCAUUCUUUUGCCUUUCAAUAACAUUAGGUAACAUAAUCAAUACACCAAUAGGUAGUGAAUUAGUUGUUAGAGCUGAUGAUUCGCAAGAUUAUCCCCCAACAUUAGAAGCUUUAGAUGAGUAUUUAAAAGAAUUAGUAGCUGUUGUAACUGGUGUAGAACCUCAAGAUCAAGUUGCAAAUUAUUCAUCAUUAUCAAAAAGAGCUACUGAAAAUCAAGCAUUAACUGCAGCUUUAGUUGCUUUGAACAGAUCAGGACAAGGUGUCCAAAUUGUUCAUGGUUUAGCUACAAAUCCAUUAUCUCAACCAUCAACUAUAGACUUAAUUGAACAAUAUAUUAUAAAUACUGGUUUAACUAAAAUUUUAUCAGCUGCUGAUGGCUCAGAUUUAGCUGUUUCUUUAGUUAUGAGAUUCUUUAUUAACCCAGCUUUAAUUCCAAACUUAUGGAAUAUUUUAGUUACUUUAUGGAAUAAUGGUGUUAUUGGUAUUCCAGGUUUUAGUAAAAGAUUAAUACUUGAUCUUGUCGGUGAUAUUUUAGGUGGUAUUCAACAAUCAAUUGUUCAAUCAGUUUUAACUUUAUUUAAUGCAAUUACUGAUUUAGAAUCUAUCUGUAUCUCAGUUAACAAAUCAGGUAUCGGUGUUUCAAUUGUUGACGAUUUAUUAACAACAAGUGAUGGGCAAACUUUUGUUGUUAGAUUAAUUACUUCAAUUGUAAAUAAUAACGUUAUUACAUUUAGUGGUUUAAUUAGUGCUUUACAAGAUUCAGGGGUUGUUGUUAAUACAUUUACUAAAAUUAUUGCUGACUCAAAUUACAGAAAGAUUAUCUUCAUUUGGGCUGUUCAACAAUUAGUCGCUGUCAUCCAAUACAUCUUCUAG